UUCAUUGCGUUCUAUUUCAAGAUUCAAGAUUCAAGAGAGUUUAUUGUCAUGUGCCCCAGAUAGGACAAUGAAAUUAUUGCUUUGCUUCAGCACAACAGAAUAUAGUAGACAUAAAUAAAUACAAAUUUGGUAGUGUUCACAAAAAACUUAAAUAUGCCCGGCACCCUUGCCACUCAUGUGGCCACUGGGGUAAUAUCCCUUCCCUUGUUUGAAGGGCAUCUCCACCACACCUGCACCCCAAUGUCCAGCAGCGGAGGAAACCUAGAUGGUGGCCCUCCCCCCCAGAGCCUGGGCAUUGGCUGCACCAAGCUUCAGUGCAUAAUCGAUUAGCAACUUCCCUCCAGGAAGCUGGUGAUCCAUUUUAAAUUGCCCUGGUGGAGGCUGGGUUUCUUGCUGUUACUGACUACCUGCUCAGCCGUGUGACGUGAAGAAAGGGGUGUUAGCGGGAAUGUUAAAUCAGCAAGUGCAUCGGCUAUCCUGAGCGACUGAAACCUUUUACAAACUGGAUAAUAAUUUGCUGCUUAAGGAGAUUUACAGUCAGUUGCCUGUUUUUUAAAUGAAGAUGAUCAUUUGUGCUCUUUUGGGGUAAGAAUAUCUGGUGUAAGGAUGGAGCAGCUGGUGACGAGACUUGAUUCUAAUGGUUCCAACAAUAAUUAGUGUCAGCAAAGCAACUUAGUUACCUGACACCAAACCUAGUCUCUGAAUGUCUCCAGAAAAAAUGUGCAACAUUUAGUGUGGACCUAACUGAAAAUAAAAUGCAGGCAGAGAAGAAAAAGCAGGGCAAAUUCCAGCCAUUCAGGAAGCUGUUCGGUAAAAAAAGGAAGGUGCCGUCAACAUUUGCCGCAGAAGUAAAUCUGAAAUCCAGUCACUCAUCUGGGGAUGUUCGAAAUGGCAUUGUGUCAGCUAAUGAGGAGUCAGAAGAUGAAUUAAGGGCCGCUAGCAUCAGCACAGGAACCAGGGCGUUGUCCCACGACAGUAUAUUUAUCCCAGGGUGUUCAGCAUCCAACAGAACAACGGAAGAAGUGACAUCACCGGAAAACAUCCCGGGAAAAAUUCGAACCCUUCAGAAUCAUUUAGAAAGGAAUAUUAAAUUUGGUCGACCACCGCAGACUCUUAUCGUGCAAAAAAUGGAAAGUACCCGAUCCAAUUCAGAAGUUGAUGGGUUUUCCAGAAGUCCAUUAGAAGAAUGCACCCAAGAGGAAAUCCAAUUACCUGCUUCAAGACUCACGUCUCAUGACCUGCCCAACAAGCAAAGCUCGAGUUUAGGUGAAUCAGGUGGUGAAGCUGAAGAACAGAUUCCACAGGCUCGACUUUCAAGGCCCACCAGCUCUCUGCCUUCAUCAAGUUCUGGGGGAACGAUUGAAUCGAUCAAUCUUGAUGCAGUCCCACAGUCAAUGAACCGCCUCGACAAUACUGCAGCCCGGCAUAAACUUUCUGUCAAGCCACGGAACCAAAGGGUGUCGAAGAAACAUGGGAAACUGGCACUGGAUCUGCACAAAGUGACUAUCCACGAGUUUAAAUAUGAGCAAGAAGAGGUGCAGAUUCAUGUGGAGAAUGGACAAAACCGUUAUAAACCAGUAGAAGGAAAUAAAAGGGAAGAAAAAAGGCAUCAUAAGGAUGAGCAACAAAUAUAUAGAGAGGAGGCCGAGAAGCAUAAAUGGCAGGAAAAAGAUCAAACACAAUAUGAAUUAGCAGAACACGAGGGUCGGGAAGAUGGCCAAAAGCAGGCAGCUCAAAGAACACAAGAACAAGGACAGAGAAGUCAUGAACUGGAGGAGCAAAACUCACAGGAGGAAGAGCACAGCCAAAGAGAAAUAGAGGAGCAAAAGGUACGAGAGGAGAAACAGAGACAAAGACAAUUAGACGAGCAAAAGGUACGAGAGGAAGAGAAGAGACAUCGAGAAUUAAAGGCGCAACAAUUACGAGAGGAGGAACAGAGGCAACGAGAAUUAGAGGAGGAAAAGGUACGAGAGGAAGAGGAGAGACAGCGGGAAUUAGAGGAGCAAAAAGUACGAGAGGAGGAAAAGAGGCAACGAGAAUUAGAGGAGCAAAAAUUACGAGAGGAAGAGGAGAGACAGCGGGAAUUAGAGAAGCAAAAAGUACGAGAGGAGGAAAAGAGGCAACGAGAAUUAGAGGAGCAAAAAGUACGAGAGGAAGAGGAGAGACAGCGGGAAUUAGAGGAGCAACAAAUACAAGAGGAGGAACAGAGACAACGAGAAUUAAAGGAGCAACAAGUACGAGAGGAGGAGGAGGAGAGACAGCGGGAAUUAGAGGAGCAAAUAAUUCAAGAGGAAAGGCAAAGACGAGAAGUUGAGGAGCAAAAAGAUCGAGAGGAAGAACAGAGGCUUUGCAAUGAAGAGAAACAAAAUAGGAUUGUGGAUUUGAAAAUGGAUAAAGAAGAAAGACGUUUGGAGACGAAAGAGAUGAAUCAAAGGCAGGAGAAAGCGUUCUUUCAUUUCAGUGCUGAUGAAAACAAACAAUCUAAUGAAGUAACACAAAGAAAAGAUUUGGAAAUGCAAAGACAGCAGAAACUAAAAAAGCUGACUGAUUUGGAGAAUCCACAAAGGGAAGAUGAAGAGAGGAAAAAGGACGAUAAAGUAUUAAAUGAAGAGGACCAACAAUUUCUUGAAGCACAAGCAGAGGAACGACGUAGAGAGGAACUUAGAUGGAAGGAACUGGAUCAAAGACAAACUACAUCACAGCCAUUUUCAUUCCAAGUUGCUUCAGGAGAGAAACAAAUUAUUUUCCCAAAAGUUAAUCUGACCCCUGUGACACAUCCAAGAGAAACAGUGACUUCUUUAGAUACUCAUGUCCUACAGUCUUCCCCAAAGUCACAUAGAGGUCUCUCCUCCUCAAGUUAUGUCCCUCACACAGCCAUUCUGGUCACCGGAGCUCAACUUUGUGGCACUGCUGUUGAUCUGAAACAGAUUAAAGAUACCGCCUGCAAGUCUUUGCUCGGUUUUUCAGAUGAGAAAAAAUCAGCUGAUUUUCCAUUUGUUGAAAGAACAGGCAAGUCAAGUCCUGAUAUGAGGAGUAGAAUUGGAAAGUCAAAAUUCAAUCCAGGACAAUCACUCGACCAGUCAAGGGCUUUAACCGAGUGGGCUGCUAUUAGGGCCAAAAUUCUUAAAAGUUCUAAUGAAAGGUUGCAAGAAAAGGAAAGAAGGGUUCAUAGUAGAUUUAGUGAUGACUGGACUACGUUCAAAGUUUCCAGCAUGCAUGGCAAUUUGAGAAAAACACUAUCCGCUAAUGCCAAAUUUUCAAUAACACCUGCAUGGCAGAAAUGGGCAGAUGGCAGUAAAGCCAAUGAUAGUGACAAAGGAAAUAUUUCUCAUGAGAAAGUGAAGCAAAAUGUACCCGAUGAAGAUGUGUCUGUGGCUAAUUCCACGAUGGAUUUUUCUGAAUCUAGCAAGUCUUUGACAUCUGGAGACAUUGUACAGGAUUUAACUAAAGACAUAAAAGAUGAUUUACACUCGGAAACUCACGUGAGGAAAGCAGAUGCUGCGGAAGGCUGUAAGUUUGCCAAAGAUCUUCCAUCGUUUUUAGUUCCAGGUCUUCCUGCAACACCAAGGAAAGAACAUACGCUGCCACAAGCUCAGGCGUCCCUUGAUAGCCGAGCCGUUUCAAACAUGAUCCCGCAGACUGAGGAGAUGAUGGAUACAUCACCAUUCGGUAUAAAAUUACGAAGGACCCACUAUUCCCUUCGGUUCCAUUAUGAGCAACAAGGAGAACAAAAAAGGAAGAAGAGAUACAGUGCUGGAGAUGGUAUGGAAGGAAUUCCAGCCUUCCUUGCUGCAAAAACGAAAGAGGGUGAAUCAUGUACUGUUUCUGGUAAGCAAAGCUCUUGUACCAAGAAUAAUAAGAAUAGUAACAUUUUGAAAAACAGAUUAAGUAGUAUGUCAGACAUUUCACACUCUGGGAUUACAUAUCUAAGUAGUGUUGACGUGGCAAAACAUAUUCAAAGUAAGCUCGCUGCACUUUCAAAUGAGAAACUUUCAUCAAGAUCACAAACAUCUCAAAGACCAGCUUUAGCACCCAAGCCUACACUGUUCACUGCACCUCCAUCCCUGCCCAUUAUCUUAAACAAAACAGACUUCAUUGACAUUGCAGAUCACAAAAACACAAAGAUUUCACUUGAUUCAGAUGUGACAAAAGAAGAUGAGAAGAAUGGCACCUCAAUGCAAACAUGCAGAUUAAAGAACGAAGACGAAACAAAAGAUCAAAAUUCUCUUUUCCCGUCCAUCAACCUUCCCUGGAGGGAGAGGGCAGACAAAAAAACAGUCUCCAUUAUGAAAGAAAAACCAAUUCUUCAGAGCAGACAUUCCCUUGACGGUUCAAGGCUUGUGGACAAGGUGGAAACUGCCCAACCGCUGUGGAUUACGCUGGCAAUGCAGAAGCAGCAAGGAUUUUAUGAACAGCAGGAGACCAGAGAGGAGAGAAGGCAGGCCAGAGAAGCCAAAACAGCUGAAAAACGAACUAAAGAAAACAUAAUGGUCUCCAGUUGUGCAGGCAGCCAUUAUGUCAGUGGACUGAAGAAAUCGCCGCAGGUUGACGAAAAGAAGAUUGGGACCAAUAUUGUAUCAAAGGUGGAACGCCGUGAACAUCUAAAAAAAUCUGCCACGCUUCCAAAUUCUGUCACAGUUGAAAUUUGUGAUCCAGUAACUUCAAUUCCGCCAGUAAAGGAAUUGCCGAAGAGAUUCUCAACUCCUGAUGCUGCACCAGUGUCGGUGGAACCUGCCUGGUUAGCCCUUGCCAAGAGGAAAGCUAAAGCUUGGAGCGACUGUCCUCAGAUAAUCAAAUGACCCCAAAUGAUUUGGGAACUGCCACCGCUUCUUGUAUAUCCUCACUAAAUAAACAGUGCUAAAGUGUUUUGUUUUUUUGCGGAUAAACUAAUUUAAAAAAAAUCACUGCAUGUGCUGCAGACAUCAUCCUUCUCAGCAAAUCAAGAAAGCAAAUAAUGUGUAGGUUGUAAAUGUAUAUUUCCAUUCACAGGCUCUGUAGUUUUUUCCAAUAUAUAGUUUAAAUAUGGAUAUGAAGGAAUUGCAGUUGCCACUGUAUAUACUUAACUGUUGUGCUCUUCAUAUGUUUAUAAGUUAUUGUUAACUCCAGCUGCCUCCACUUUACAUCCAAAUUUUCUUUAAAAAGUGGUAAAAAAAUAUCUUCCUUUUGCUCUCAAAUUUCUCCAAUUUGUAAUACUGCAUCGUAUAAAGAGGAUUAAUGCAAUAUGAAGUAUUUUAAUCAUUAUAAAUUAAACAAUUUUAUCGUUACCUGAAUUACAUUUAAAUUCUGGCAAUUUUGUACAUUCCUGUGAGUAUACAUCACAACAUUUUCGGAAAUAUUAACUGGUUAAUGUAUUCAAUAUUUAAAACAUUUUUCAAAAAUUAAAAUGACAAGUUAAAAAUAUCAAGAUAAAUAUUGAAACAAAUUAUAUACAAUAAUUAUGUAAUCAAUUAAUCGACUCCUGUACUUCAUUAUCAUUUUUAAUUUUCACCUUUCCUGUUGAACAAAUUAUGAAUGUGGAUUUUAAAGCAAAUGAUAUUUGCUGCAUUGAAUGUGAUUGUUGGAUGUCUCCAUUGUAAAUUGUAUUUUCAGCACUGCAUCUGUGUGUGGAUCUUCCCUGAACCUCAGUGGUGGUCCAUCACAUUAAAUCUGCCUCCGACAGUAUAAGCACGUUUUAUUUUGUACAAUCUGUGGAACAGUAUCAUCAUUAAAGUGGGUGAUGACUGGAGAAUAAAUUACUGGAGAUACAAGAGACUGCCGAUGCUGGAAUCGUGUGCCUGGCCUCCUGAGUUUCAGCAGCAGUUUUUUUCUUCUUCUUGAGAAUAAAUUACUGCUGCGCUUGUACAGGAAUUAAGGGAAUCCUGUUACAGUGGACUGAUGAGAGAACUAAAUCAAUAUCCAGCACUCAUACAUCCUUACACUCUUUAUUUAAGAAGGAAUUGCAGAUGCUGGAAGAUGCUGGAAGGUAGACAAAAGUGCUGGAGAAACUCAGCGGGUACAGUUACUCCAGCACUUUUGUCUACCUUACACUCUUUAUGUCAUCCUUCAAGGACAAAGCAAAGGUGUAUCUUGAAGAGAACUAAAUUACUUUCCACAUUUUAGCACUUGUAAUUGCAUUUCCCUUUCUCUGUAGCUACAGGUUACUCCCUGUGUUAUGGAAGUUUGGGUAAUGGAAAGUCACCUGUAUGGAAUUCAUAAAUCACAAAAAAAUCUGGGUUUGCGGAAAAUAAAUUUGCCCUUACAUUUUUUUCAAAUCUUUUUCCUUGACAAGGCUUUCCAGUUGAGAAAAAUGUGACGGAGCAUUUUAUAUGAAUGUAAAUCUCAUUAUACCUGUAAUAUUGUUCUAAUUCCUCAACCUCUUUCCUUUAUUAUCUUUCCCCUAACUUUAUGUUUUUAUUUCCUCUUUCCUGUCUUUCCUCUUCAUAAUUAUUUCCUCUCUAUGGUUUCCAGUUCUUCUUUCCCAUUCUUCUCAAGUUUCUCUCCUCUUCAACUGAAUUGCAAAUUAUUUACUGAGUACCUUCAGUGUCUGCACGGUUUCAUUUUUUUAAAAAUCCUUUACAUUUUUUCCUCUUCUCUCAGUGAAUAUCUAACUUUAAAUCCUUAUUAUUCAUAUUUCACAAAUGAAGUUUCUUAAACUGACUAUUGCUAGGCAGAAUUUUCAGAAUUUUUAAUGAUAUAAACGUCUACGGCGAUUUUAGCAGUAACACACAGUUAUACUGUCCCUUCAGUCACUGGGGUCCAAAGUACAAGUAUUCGGAAAUUCAAAACACAUUGUCUUGAUGCUAAAUUUGCAUUGCUGCAAGCAUAACGUAAAAAAAAAUAAAUAAA